GUUAUGACAUAUAGUGUUAGAGAAAGUGAAACCAAGUUGAACAACGACAGAUACUUUAACUAUCUAACCUAUCUGUCUUUAAUCUUACAACAGAAUAUUUCUUCGUUCAUGUGUAUUAAACACAGCUGAUAUUCACUCACAGUGAUGCCAUACACCAGUGAUCCAAUGACUGACGAGCUUCAGUGUUCGAUCUGUCUGGAUGUGUUCAAUGAUCCAGUCACCACUCCAUGUGGACACAACUUCUGCAAGAUCUGCUUGAAUACAUACUGGGGAACAAGUUAUUACUUCAGCUGUCCAAACUGUAAAGAAACAUUCAAGCAGAGACCUAAACUCCAGAUUAAUACAACACUCAGAAAUCUUGUGGAUGAACAUAAGAAGAAAACUGCCAAGAAACAACCUGAAGUCCUCUGUGACAUCUGUGAGAAAGUAAAGCUAAAGUCUGUGAAGUCCUGUCUGAUGUGUCAGAGCUCUUAUUGUGAAAUUCACCUGGAGCCUCAUAGGAGAGUGACAGGUUUAAAGAAACACAAACUAAUUAAUCCUGUGAAUAAUCUGCUGGAUUAUAUAUGUCAGAAACAUGAGAGACCUCUGGAGUGCUUCUGUAGAGAUGAUCAGACAUAUGUAUGUCUGUCCUGUACUGAUGGAGAUCACAAGAAUCACAACACUGUGACUUUAGAAGAGGAGAGUAACGAGAAAAAGAUUGAGCUGUUGAAGACACAGACAGAUGUGCAGCAGAAGAUCCAAGAAAGAAUCGAGAAGAUUCAAGAUAUCAAACAUUUAGCAGAACUCAGAAGAAGACACACAGAGAAGGAUAAAGCAGCCAGUGUGAAGAUCUUCACUGAUCUCAUCAGAUCCAUUGAGAGAAGUCAGUCUGAUCUGAUGAAGAUGAUGGAGGAGAAGCAGAAAGCAGCAGAGAAACAGGAUGAAGAUCUCAUUAAAGAUCUGAAGCAGGAGAUCACUGAGCUGAAGAGAAGAAACACUGAACUGGAGAAGAUCACAAACACUGAAGAUCAUCUACACAUCAUACAGAUUUACUCAUCCUUGUGCAAGCCUUUAAACUACAAGAACUGGCCUGAGAUCAGUAUGAAGAGUCAUCUGAGUGUGGAGGAGAUGAGGAUAUCUGUGAGCCAACUGCAGAAGACUCUAAAUGAGAAACUCAGUCAAGCUGUGUUGAAGAAGAUGCAGCAGUAUGCAGUGGACGUGACUCUGGAUCCUGAUACAGCAAAUACAUAUCUCACCCUGUUUAAUAAUAACAAACAAGUGAGAGAUGGAGACAUUUGGCAUAAAGUUUGGGCUUUAUGGAUGUCUAGCCCAGAUAUCCCAAAGAGGUUUGAUACAUCUGUACAUGUCCUGGGAAAGCAGGGUUUCUUAUCAGGGAGAUUUUAUUAUGAGGUUCAGGUGAAGGGAAAGACUGCCUGGAUUUUAGGUGUGGCCAGAGAAUCUGUUAACAGGAAGGGAUUGAUCACACUGACACCAGCGAAUGGAUUCUGGACUGUGUGCGUGAGGAAUGAGAAUCAAUAUACAGCUUUUGGACGUUCCUCUCUCCCUUUGUGUGUGAAAGUAAAACCACAGAAGGUGGGUGUGUAUGUGGAUUAUGAGGAGGGUUUGGUCUCCUUUUAUAAUGUGGAGUCCGGAUCUCAUAUCUACUCUUUCACUGAUCAAUCUUUCACUGGAAAACUCUAUCCAUAUUUUAGCCCAUGUAACAAUGAUAAAGGUCAAAACACAUCGCCAUUGAUUAUCACACCUGUUAAUAAAAAUCAGUAAAUAAAAAAAUUAAAUAUUAGGUAAAUAUGUAAAUUUUGCUUCCUCACUGAAAAAACGAACUUUUUAGUGUAGUAAUAUUUAUUAGAUUAACUCUCAUAAUUUCUACAUAAUAAUAUUAACAUUUAUUGAGAACUAGAUUUUCCUAAGUAAAAUGAUGAUAAAUACACAAUUAAUUAAUGUAAAAAAUGAACUGUUUGGGAAUAGUAAGUCUUAUUAGAUAUUUUCUUGUAUUAUUUCACUGUUUUAUAGUCACUGCACAUAGUCCUAAAAUAAUUAAGUAAAUUUUAAUUGAUUUUAGUAGGUAAGUUUUACUUAUAAAAAGCAGUAAAUUUUACUUAAAAAAAGUUCGUGCAAAUUGUUAUGAGGAUUUUUUUAAGUAAAUUUUACAAGUUGUUUUUUUCAGUGCUGAUGACUAUUGUUUGUUAUUUUGAUGCCAUUGCUGUAAUUAGACUAAAAAUGUACGAAGGUUAAAGAUAUUCAGAGGUAUUUAAAGGAAAGACCCUAAUGCAUGUGAACAGAUGAUUUUAGGGUACACUGUUAAAGUGAAGGAGGUCAAAUGAAGAUUUAAAGGGAGAUGUUUUACUUUUUUGUGUGUUUUGAAUUUGUAAAACGAUAAAUGUUUCUUAAAGUCUAUAGGGUUGCCAACCUUGUCACUCUGAAAUAUGCGACAAAAGGUGGCCUGCCGCAGCAGUGCGGGUAUGGUUUUGUGUAUACAGUGUAUUGUUUUAAGCCAUUUGUCAAAACGAUAGCUAAUCAACCAAUUAAAUAUUAAGUCAUAACUCUUAUGGCAUGGCAACAUAUGGUUUAUUAAUAGUUUAUUAAUAGUUUGUUAAUUUGUACAGUGUUAAAAAUACUUUUAACACUGUCCCUUAAUUGAACGGUUACCUUUAAUACCUAUCUAAAUCAAAACACCUGUGACUCCCGCACUAAGGGUAAAAAAGUUAUCCCCUUUAUGUUAAUCAUACGGGUGACAAACUAAACUAACAUAGAUUCUGUAAGUUGUGGUUUUGCAGAGUCAACAUCAAAUACUUUAACAAAUAAUUAAAACACAUUUACAGAUCAAAGUGUUUCAGGCAGGCCUAGAUCGGCCAUCUCUUCAGAAUUGAGACUGAGAUUUGUAACUAUGCAGAUCUUAUGCAUUACAUAAAAAAGAAAACUUAAAAUCAUAUUAUAUGACCCUCUUAAAUGUAUAUUGAUUGUGCUUUAGGGGGUCUGUGAUUGGAUGACAGGUGUCGGUGAUCAUUCUCAAGUGUCGUGAUCAGCAUUGCUGCUGUUGCUGCUUGUUCGACUUCUUGUGGCACUGCAAGAACCGACAGGCAAAUGACAUCAAAGUACCACGAGAGCAUGUUGAAAGCAGUCUCCUCUAUAUGAUUUUUCGAAUCGCUCUCUAUCUCCCUCUUGGUUCUUGUGGCACCACAUGAAUUCGAACAAGUCAGUUUUUUCAGUCACUGGUUAGAUCAGCAUAGCAGUAAAAAAAACGAGAUGCAGUCCCGUACGGUACAGGACAAAUCAAUUGGGCUCAAAAUAUGGGACUUGCUAAUACGGGACAUUUGCCAACCCUAUAGUCCUGGGCAGUGAUGAGCAACUGGCAGCCCGUAGUCUGGAUGUGGCACGGCAAUAUCUUUAAAACAGCCCGCUGGACAAUAUUAUAUUUUGAUAAUCAAAAGAGGCCAGUGUAUAGCAACUAUAAAUCAUUUGAAAACACUAUGCCUUUAAAAGCGCUCUCAAGUAGGCAUGGGCCGGUAUGAGAUUUUGGCAGUAUGAUAACCUUAUGCAAAAACACUACGGUUUAACUGUGUUGCGGUAUUGCCAUUGCAACACUAAAAUCGUUUUUUUUUAUGUCUGCGUUAACAAACAACAACUUUUCAACUGGACACAAUACGUUUCAUUUUUAAGCAACGUAAAACAUGUAUGCUAGGUAAAAAUAAAGCCUUUAAAUUAUAAUAUUUAAAAAAAUAUUUCUU